UGAAUUAAAUUAAAUAUUUGAAAAUUAUAUCUGGACCACAGAACUGGAGUGUAUCGAAUCACACUUUUGAAACAUUAGAAGAGAGCAAAUCUACGGUGUGGAAAUCUUGCAAUAGGAUAUAGAUUUCAUGUUAUUUUUACAUUAUUACAUUAACGCCUAAAUAACACAAAAAUAAAUGUUUACUAUUAAUAAGAGUAACAAGUUUGACAUAGGAAUUAAAAUUUGAUGAAAAAAAUAGGCGAACGUAAUACAUUUUGACCCGGGGUCCAGAAAUAAUUGAUUACGAAGAAAUUUUGAAAUUAUGGAGUAACGUAGGUGGGGUUCAUGGAUGGUCUACCCCUAAAAAUAACGAAUCGAUAUUCGCUCAUUGCUCCCGAAUCGUCCGGUCACCUCGGCAGUGAACAAUCAAUUUAUUGCAAUAAAACGUAAUUUGUGUCUCUUCCAAGAAUCCAGCAAAGAUAAAAAUACUCUCCAUCCGAUCGUGCAAACGUAUCAUCAUUUACUACACAAAUUGCGAUUCAGUGUUACAAUUCGAUAAGGAACUUCCGAAAAGUCCACCCAAUCAUAAUACGAAUUGAGACACUGAUCUAUUACGGUUUGCCCGUAUAUACCCACCGUAUGUACCUACAUACGUUUAUAUAUAACACACGCACACGCGUGUGCGCCCGCACACACGCAGCCGGUGCGAUGGUUACGUCAGUGUCCGUUACAGUCUGUGCUUAUCGUAUUGCGACACUCUUCAACAAGCAGUUUCAUGUUUCAACAUCUUUUAUGCGAGUUCACUCGUCGAAUCGAACAAUACACCUAUAUUGCCCCCUGGGGCGUUGCUGUAAGCGACACUCGCAUAAGCAAUAUCUUCUAUUUUCCGUUCGAAAAUUCCAUUUUCUUUCAAGGACAAAUUUCUUUUUCUAGCAUCUCCCCAGAAAAGCUGUCGCAAGGUCGUCGAUAGCGUUCCACGUUUCGUAAAAUCUAAAAAGCUGGAAGUAGCUGAAAAUUCUCGCAGGGUCACCUCGAAGUAAAUCCUGGAAAUACUACAACAAUGGGCGAGAAGACGUUCAAUCUCACUUGGAACAAUCAUCUGGCAAAUCUAUCUGGAUUAUUUGAAGGACUAUACAAGAGUGGUUCUUUGACCGAUACAACGUUAGCAUGCCAAGGUGGGAUGCUAAGGGCUCACAGAUUAGUUCUAGCUGCCUGCAGCCCUUAUUUCGAAAGGGUUUUCAAGGAACACUAUGGCGAGCAACCUAUUUUAAUUUUGAAAGGUGUCGCGGUAGAAGAAAUGGAAUGUCUGUUAGACUUCAUGUACCGAGGUUCGAUCGACAUCGCCGAAGAACACUUGCCAUCGUUGAUCAAAACCGCCACGGACCUUGAGAUCCGAGGUCUUUCAGGUGACCAAAGAAACCAGGAGAACAAUCGUAGCCCUUAUACAAGGGUCGAAACACGAAUGCAACGAUGUCAUAUAGAAACGAGAGUCCACACAACCGAGUACAUGAAGGAGCCAUCCGUCAUCCCUUUUUUGCCGAAACAAUCUUCCGUGGAAUCGUUCGAGGAUCACAUCAAAAUGGAGGAAAUCGAGGUCGAAGAUGACCCGAUGGUGAUCGAUGGACAUGAUGAUAACUUUGAUGAACCUUUACGAUCUUCCGAAACGCAAAUUAGACACAUGCCUCCGCCCAUGUACAAACGCGAAACAAGAUUCAAGGGUCAGAAAAGAGUGUCCGUAGGACGUUCCACAAGGAACAGCGAUCCAUUAGAAAUCAAGCCGAAAGAUCGACUAACCUUAAAGGAAAACAGUACAAGGGACGAAAAUUACGACGACUCAUCGAACACGGUUAAAUCCGAGCUGAAUUUCAACAACGGAUCCUCAGAUCCCACGGUACCGGACAUUCAGAUGAACGACGACUUACAAGAACGAGAUGAGAGUACGGAUUCUUCCAAAGAUACGAACGAAAGUUCAAGGUUAACUAUAAAGAAGAAGAGCGACAUCUCGUCGAAGAGGACGGCGCUGGAGGGAAAGGAGACCAGACCUAUACUGCCCAAAUCGGAGAAAGCACAGUAUAAACCUUUUUCGUGUGAUCUUUGCACUUUAGCUUUCACGAGGGCAUCUCAUUUAGCCAGACACAGAAGAGUUCAUACGGGGGAGAGACCGUUCGCGUGUAGUAUUUGUCCGAGGAUGUUCGCUAGGCAGGAUAAACUGAAACAACAUUUGGACUCGCAUUUGCAGUGGCCGAAGAGGAAGAGCAGUUUGUCGAGCUCCAGUUGUCAUUCGGCGUCGUCGGUGCCUGGGAAGGGGAAGAGGGGUAGACCACGGAAGGUAAAUUUAGAACAGUCCGCCAUGGAGGAAAUUCUGCAGUUCGGCGAAUUCAGUUCUCUGUUAAACAAAUCUCAUUCAACGAAUUCGAGCGAUAAGAACCAGGAUUUCGUUUCUGCCGAGAACGAGAGGAAAAUGGACGACCAAGAGGAGGACGCCACGGAAGACAGAAACAAAGAAAAAGACUCGAACAAGGAUAAAGACAACUACGGUUGCCAAGUCGAGAACGGUCAAGAUAUCGUCUAAUUAAAUUCUCGCUUAUUUAUUUUUGUUCCCCGUGCUAAAAGAUAUUUUUCUAUGAACAGAAAAAGAAAAAUCCAUAGUUAGAUAAUCAUUCGAUCCAGGUACUGUUUUCGAUUUCGUUUAAACCUGCGAUACGAUCAAGUUUUAUGAAAUUUGGUUGUUGCUUUCAAGUGUUGAUCAUUUAAUCUGUGUGCAAUAUUUAGUAUCCGGAACGGAUCGGAAAUUAUUAUGAUUUUUUCGUGUAUUUAGGUUCAUAGAAUCAUGUUAACGAAGUUUUGUAACUCUGACACGAUUAAUUGUUACGAAACGAUUGUUAUAAAACUAUUGUUACUGGGAUUCAACGAGCUCGUUGUUUUUUAUCUGUUUCAUUUCUGUGUGCAUUCGUGUCAUUGAGAAAAUAAUUAACAGACUCAUGCAAGUGUAUUUUUGUGAUAUACAGGGUGUUCACUAUUUUUAAUUCUUUAAUACAUUUGAAUGUCUUUACAAAUUACUUGAACUGAUUUUGUUAAUUUUUUGUUGAAUAUGUAGUUUAAUUUUUGUAAGUUUAAUCGUUAGACCGUAGUCUAACUCGUGAAUUAAAUUUGGCGGGAAAUUUGCACCCUGUAUAAGAGAGGUUAUGAGACAUAAUUCAGGUUAAUCGAUCUCGUCGCAGACGCGAAACUUUAUACCAAAUAAUUUUCGUAUUUAUUUAUUUAUUGAUGUAUUCGAGGUAUCUUCGUUGUAGGUACAAGAGAAAUUCUUUCGAAAGAGUACCUGAAACACCCCAUGUUAUUACGUGUGUCUAAUUAACCGAGGGUGAAUACAGGCCAUGUAGAGAAUAAUAAAUGAAACCUUAUCUCUCGUUUCUCGAGAAAGAUUGUGUAGUAGGUACUGAUAAAUCGAAUUCUACGAUGAUUUGCCGUUCGAACGAUGUUUGUGUCGGACGAUAAGAUUAGGGAUGGAGGUUUACGUUGGAAACUCGACCAAAUUUACUUAAUCUCGAAGACUGCGGUGUAGUUUGCAUUGUGAAACUGUUUGACUGAAACAAAUUUUAGUUACACUUUUUCCUUUUUUGAAUUAAAACAGAGAUAUAACAGGGAAAUUUAUUCAAAUUUUAUCGGCACAAUAUUUAGAUUGCGAAGCAAGGUUACGAACCAUUUUGUUUAAGCCCUUAACUUAUGAUUUUUUAAGCGAGUUGCAUGAUAUUGUAAGGCAAGGGGUUAAAUAAAAUUUAAGAAACAAAAGACUACUGCAUGAAGUUUAAAAUGGACUGAUAAAUUUGUGAAAUAUAAUUUCUGUACAUUUCAAUUUAUUUGAAGCUCUGUUUUAAUGUAUUUUAAAAAGGAA